AUGCUCUACAGCUGCUACCGCCGCCGCCGAAAACUCAAACGCCUCUUCGUAAUGCUCCUCCCCAUCCUUCUGACUGCCCUCCUCUUCACCCCCUUCUACCUCAUCUACAAACCGCCAAGCCUCCUAAUCCGCUACCUCCAACACCGCUACCCGGACGUCCUCUUCCACGUUCCCCUCCCGCCGCACAAGAAGCUGGUCGCGCUGACGAUCGACGAUGCCCCCUCGCAAUACACACCGGAGAUAGCGGCGGAGUUGAGGGCCCACGGCGCGUCGGCGACGUUCUUUCUCAUCGGCGCGCAGAUUGACGGGCGAGAGGGGGUGCUGGGGGAGCUGGUGCGCGCGGGCCAUGAGCUGGGGAACCAUGCCAUGCGGGAUGAGCCGUCGCGCGCGCUGGGCGAUGAUGUGCUGUCGGCGCAGAUUGCGCAGGUGCAGGCGCGGAUUAGUGAUGUGUAUGCCGGGGUUGGGGUGGAGGGGCCGGGCGUUAGGUGGUUUCGGCCGGGGUCCGGGUUUUUCAGCGAGAGGAUGAGGAGGCUGGUGAGGGCUUUGGGGCUGCGCAUUGCGCUGGGGAGUGUGUAUCCGCAUGAUCCGCAGAUUCCGUAUGCGCGGGUGAAUGCGGCGCAUGUGCUGAGUAUGGUGCGGCCGGGGAGUGUGAUUAUCUGCCAUGAUCGGAGGAGCUGGACGGUGCCGAUGCUGAGGAGGGUUUUGCCCGAGUUGAGGAGACGGGGGUAUCGGGUUGUGGCGCUGAGUGAGUUGGUGAGGGAGGCUGCCGAGUCGUGA